GAAAAUUUACAGCCGUUGCUGCCUGCUUUGUUGACAUCCGAUCAUCAAACACGACUGGGAAGUUUUACUGACUGAAUCAUUAUUUAAAUGGCUUCAGGUUACCGGAAACCAGCGACCUCGGCUAGCCAAAGGAAAAAGCCACCUUCCAAAGUCGAACUGACUGAGGAGCAAAAGCAAGAAAUUAAGGAGGCUUUUGACCUUUUUGACACAGACGGUACAGGAACCAUAGACGUAAAAGAACUAAAGGUUGCCAUGAGAGCUCUUGGGUUUGAACCAAAGAAAGAAGAAAUCAGGAAGAUGGUUGCAGACAUUGAUAAAGAAGGCUCUGGAACUAUUGACUUCAGAGACUUUCUCAAUAUUAUGACACAGAAAAUGGGUGAAAAGGACUCCAAAGAAGAGAUAAUGAAGGCUUUUCGGCUGUUCGAUGAUGACUGCACAGGGAAAAUCUCAUUCAAAAAUCUCAAGAGAGUCGCCAAAGAGCUGGGUGAAAACCUCACAGAUGAUGAGCUGCAGGAAAUGAUUGACGAAGCAGACCGCGACGGAGACGGCGAGGUGAACGAGCAGGAGUUCUUGCGGAUCAUGAAGAAGACUAACCUUUAUUGAAACCUCUGAGUGCAUUACAGUCUGAGCUGGGACCUUUUCAGAUUCAUGUUUGAUCCUGUCGGUUUUUACAGUAGUUUUGCUUUUUAUUGGGCUUUGGCUGUGUAGUUCUCUUUGUAAAUAAAUGUUUUAACUUUCUGUAUCUUUGCACAGAUUUUUCUAGAAUGCAAGACAAAUAAAUAUAUUUCAUCAUA